AUGAGCGAUAUCAAGGAUGAAACGAUGUCACCAACAACAAGGGAAAUCGGAGGGCCACAAACACUUGUCAAAGAAGAACGGUAUGCACCUAGGGAUGCUCUCGAAAGUUGUAGGACACUUGCCAAAGCUCUACACUUGCCAAAGAAGAACGAAGAUAUCACCAGCGAGAAGCUCCAUGAGGAAACUCAAGUGUCUAUGCGCCAGUUACAUAUCGACAACAAAGCUGCCAUGAAGAAAGUGGAGGAUGAUCGCGUGAGGCACGAUGAGGCAAUAGAAAAAGUACGCAAAUUUUGGGACAAAUCGUCAAAUGGCAUGCCGCUUGCCGCAACUCCCAUCCCAAUGUUUGGUAUACGUUUCGCUGCGGAGCUAGCUAAAAUUGCCAGGAACAGCGAACCGAUAUAUGCUCUCUACCUGUUGAAUGGAGAACUAAUCAACCGACUCAAAGGGCCACCCAGACCUGGACGAAGGACUGAUCGUUGUUUGAUGCCAUCGGAAUUCGUCAAAGUGUCAAGUGUGCUAACAAGGAAGACGCUGGAGAAACCUUGGGAUGGAAACGAUAUGACUGCUCUCAACCUUCGAUUCAACAAAAUCGGCAUGCUUGGUGAGGCCAAUGACGAAUACACGGAUUUGAUACCUCCUCAAGGCGAAGUCAUUGUAUCUUUUGAGGCUUCUUCCAGCUUAGUUCAACCAAAAGCUGCACUGGCAAACCUUCGCAAAUGGAGAGAUCUAGGAAUAGACCUUCCAAAUGAAGCCACCUCCCCUCCUGUUAAAUGUUUUAUGGAUAAGCUCAUAGUACAUCGAAGUACGGUUACCAGACUUGGCCAGGCGGAUAGAGAUAUCAUUGUGCCACAAGACUUUGAUGGCGAGAAUGAUACACCCCAACCUUACGAACCUCCGAUGGCAUGCAAGUGCCCUGAAGUAGAUGUACACGAAAACUGGUAUUCGACGCUCAAUAAUGGAUACAUUGCCAAACCCCAAUUAGCGAACGCUUUAGAUCUUACUGUACGCGACGUCAAACACGCCGAACUAGGUGAACGUCUCGAAGCGUCGAGAACGCCAGGUGCUCUGAAGUAUGCUCCUCCAGAUCUGUUAAGAAUUCAGUCGGCGGUAUCUCUGGACGUCAGAGAGUCCACCAGGAUUACAAAGUGCGGUUUCGUAGGAGGGUCUGACCUUCUGGUACAUCUACCCCAAAUGUCUUCGCAUCUGGCGCGAAGUGCGGUUAUGUAUCGUCAUCAUAAUCGCGAAUGUGAUAAUUCUAAUACCGGUAGUUUCGUUUACAAUUGCUACUUUUCCGUCCCCCAGCAAAUGGCCCGAAAAGAUCUGACACUUUGGAGAACAAUUAGUCGGCAACGACUGGAUGGAGAAUUCAGGUUAAUUUCUAUUCCCCUACCAAUGAUGGAAAUCCGUGGAAAUAAGUCAUUUGGCGGAUGUUUCACUCAUGGUGACCUGACUGAAAUCAUCGGUGCUGCAUUUUAG